AUGGAGAAAAAUAUCAACCUCAAGAGUCUACCUACUAACUACCUUUCUUCCGCCACCACCACUUACUCCUCCUCCAUCACCACCAUUUCCACCACCUCAUUCGACGGUUCGACUCUUUCUCCCUCACACUACUCAUCUACUGAUGACAAAAAUGGUAGAAAGAACCUAAAAGAGUGUAAUAAUCCGAUUAGUUAUCGUGGUGUGAGAAAGCGGAGUUGGGGAAAAUGGGUGUCUGAAAUUCGAGAGCCGAAGAAGAAAUCAAGAAUAUGGCUCGGAACAUAUCGCACGGCGGAGAUGGCGGCACAAGCUCACGACGUGGCUGCUUUAGCCAUUAAAGGCCACUCGGCUCAUCUCAAUUUCCCUCAUUUAGCUCGAAAACUUCCACGCCCCGCCACCACUUCACAUAAAGACAUCCAAUCUGCAGCCGCCAAAGCUGCAGCCACCGUAUAUCCAGACCAAAUUAAAAGCGGCGAAUUUGAAGCUGAAGCACAUGAGCUGAUGAGUCAAGCCAAGCCGCUCUCCAAUUCUCAUUCUUCAACAAAUUUAGAAGCAUCCAAUUCUUGCUCAACACUUGAUGAUGACGACACAUUUUUCGACCUCCCAGAUCUUUGUUUCACUGAAACAGAUCGUAAUGUCAGAUUUUCUUACUGUACUUCUUCAUGGAAGCUGGCUGGAGCUGCCGCCGAUAUAGGAUUCGAGGAUCCAUUGCCAUGGUACUGCUCCUGGAAAUAA